AUGGAGAAAAGAGCAAAAAAAUUGAGGAUAGAAAAAAAGAGAGAGAGCAAAAAAAUUGAGAGAUUUAGAGAAAAAAAACGAUCAUAA